AUGGCCAAAGACGUUCAAGCAACCCUCAACUUCAUUCCCGCCGACUCAGCCACCCGAAGCAUGACCGGGACGGCUGACUUCUACUCACACGCAAGUGAGAAACGAGUUGUAACGAUCCAUGACGUUCGCGGUCGACAGGACGAGUUCAGCCUAUCCAACAACGGCUUCCAAUUCACCACCCACCGAAGCGUAUAUCUCCCCGUUCUCGAUCCCGCAGUCAUUAAAUCAGAGGUCUAUGCGGAGACAGCUGAGCUUUUGAAGAACAAGUACCUCCGCCCUCUCUUUGUCUUGCUUGGCUUAAGAAAUGGCAGUGUGGUCCCUCCUCCAACACACGUCAAAGUCGCUUCCCACACCAUUCGCUCGGCCCUUAGCGAUCUGAACAGCGAAUAUACAGGGACACCCGGUCCCGCGCGAGCUGCCCAUCUCGACCACACCGCUGCGGGCGCCACGAACUAUCUCUACGAGAAACUCCCGUCCGAUGACGCCUCGCGGCUCUCGCGGACAAGGUGGGCAAUUAUCAAUGUUCGGAGGCCCAUGAAGCCCGUUAGACGAGAUCCCCUUGCUAUCUGCGACGGCAGUACAUUGCAAGAGGGUGAUUUACUGCCCAUUCGCAUGGACUACUCGGCCAAUGCUAGGGCCAGGGGCGGGAAUCAGAGAUUGAAGACCACGGUCGGAUGGGAAAUUGCCAUGGCUAAAUAUAAUGAGAGGCAGAGGUGGUAUUAUCUAUCCAACAUGGGGUUGGCGGAUGUGCUUUUGAUGAAGAUUUUUGAUUCGGCACCUGCAAUGGCCAAGGCGGUUGCGGUGCAUUCAUCAUUUGAGGAUCUCGAUGAGAAGGAUGGAGAGGUUCGAGAAAGUAUUGAGUUCAGGUGCUUGGUCUUCUGGGAGAAGGAGUAA